AUGUCAGCGAUCUAUAACCUCGAACCGCAACCUACAGCGUCAGUCAUCAUCCACACCACCCGAGGCGAACUCUCGGUCGAGUUGUUCGCCAAACAAGCGCCGUUGACAUGUCGCAACUUCUUACAACUAGCCCUUGAUGGCUACUACGAUAACACUAUGUUCCAUCGAUUGGUCCCUGGCUUCAUUCUACAAGGAGGUGAUCCCACGGGUACUGGCAACGGCGGAGAGUCGAUAUAUGAUGGAGGCGCAUUCAGUGGCGAUCUGGACCCUUGGCCUAUGGACCAGCGCAUGGGCAAGAACGCAGGACCAACAGGAAUCAAUUUCAAGGAUGAGUUCCAUUCGCGUCUCAAAUUCAAUCGCCGAGGUCUGCUGGGUUCCGCAAACGAAUCGCGUCCGGAUACAAACGGCAGUCAGUUCUUCUUCACUCUCGACACAGCCGAGGAAUUGAAUGGAAAGAACACCAUGUUUGGACGAAUCGCUGACGAUACGGUCUACAAUUUGGCGAAAAUGGGCGAAGGCGAAGUGGAUGAAGCUACAGAACGCCCAACCUACCCGGUCAAGAUCGAGCGCAUAGAAAUACUGGUUAAUCCUUUCGAAGAUAUGAAGAAGCGAUCUCGAGUUGCUGUCAUCGCGCCGUCCAAAACGGCCACAACCAAAGACAAGAAGAAAAAGCGAAAAGGAGGCAAACAACUACUGAGCUUUGGCGACGACGAAGGUGACGAUGACAUGCCUGUGCUGAAGAAGAAGAAAUUUGAUCCCAGGAUCGUUAUGGAAGCUCCGGAGGAAGCUCCGGAGCGAGACGAGGUUCGCAGCAAACCAGCAAAGGCCAAGAAGGAACGAGCAUCGGAAAAGAUAGUGCCAAUCGUUGAAGAAGACAAAGAUAAGGAUUCGGAUCAGGCCACCCGCCGUGAGCCACCCAAGGAGGUUCGGCAAAAGUCUGCCCCACCUGUCAAUAUGGAGAUCAAGGACGAAUCACCCGAGCCGGAGGCCCCCCGAAAGACAGCACUGGAGCGAGCCAAUGAAGAGAUGGCGGCGCUCAAGGCAUCAAUGCGACGGACGAUACACUCAGAAGAACCUGCGAAGGAAAAGAAGAAGUCUGCGCUAGAAUCUAUGAUCCCCGAAACAUCAAUCAGGGGACGAAAACGAAGGCCAGGGGCUGUUAAUACUUCAGCAGCGGAAGACGCCAAAGCGCUUCGAACGCUUAAAGCCUUCCAGUCAAGACUGGAGAAGGCACCUCCAGAGAAAGAGACUGAAUCAGCGGCCCGUGAAACUACCAAGGAAAGGGGAGACGCGCAAGCUGGGGACGAGGAAGCUGAGUUGUGUGAUCUGCACUUUAUCGCAAAUUGCCAAAGCUGCACGUCAUGGGAUAAGCAAGAGAAGGACGAGAGUGACGACGAGGGUUGGAUGUCGCAUGCUCUCAGCUUUGCGGCGGAUAAGCUGGGUAAGGACCUAAGCAACCGUAGAAAGGCGGAGGAGGAACUCGUUGUGAUUGAUCCGCGCGAGAAGGCUCGGACUCUCAAGGAUGAGAAGAAGGCAGCCAGGGAUGCACGACAAGGAAACUCGGGUCGAGCGUGGGAUCAAGCACGAGAUGCAGCAAGGAACGCCAAGAUGGCACAAGCCGCCUCGCUUGCAGGACGCGGAGCAAAAUGA